AUGCGUCUCUUCAUGCCCGCAGACUCACCGCACAUCAACCUCUGCAAGACCAUAAUGUCCGCCGUCGCGAUGGGUUAUCCAAUGCCCAUUCUCCUAAACUGGAAGCGUGAAUACAAUCGACCUGCAUGGCACUUUGCAGGCAGCCACAUCGCCAAGCUCGAAAGUCUCCUUGCCGCUAUCGAAACACUUCUUGAAUCGAAAAGCGACGAUGUAGGCCAUGACGAUGUAGCGGUGCUGGUCGAUGCCUAUGAUAUGUGGUUUCAACUUCCGCCUUCUGUUUUGCUAGAACGAUAUCAUCGUCUUAACAGUGAAGCUGAUGCAAGGAUACGCAAACAGUGGAAAGAUCUCGGCAUUGACACUGACUUUCCUAUACCACCACCUCGCCAAGACAUAAUCGUCACUACAGCAAAAGAUUGUUUUCCAGACUCCUAUUCUGGGUCUGAUCCUCACUAUGAGCAUUGGCCUGAAUCGCCUAUGCCGAAAGACAUGUAUGGACAAGACACAGAUAAAGUCCCAUGGUCUUUCGAUCCAGCGCGCAAGUACAAAAAGGUCCGGCCACGAUGUGUGAACAGCGGUCUUAUCAUGGGAUCUAUGGGAGCAUUGAGAGAUGUUCUAAAAAGAUCCAAAGAAAAAAUUGAUGCAGUGGCCAUGAAAGGUCGUCAACUUUGGAGUGACCAGGCGCUUAUUGGAGAGGUUAUCGGGGACCAGGAGAUUUGGCGCGAGUGGAUGAGACAUGUUGGAGCCUCGUGGAAUAGAUCUACUGCGUUCGAUGACAGAAGUUCGCUCGAUCGUGCAGUUCGUGAUAUCGCAGACGCGGCCCUCCUUGGAAAACGAUUCGAGUUCGGUAUCGGUCUAGACUACAACUUCACCACGGCACCACCAACAUGUUCGUCCGAAGAAGACGGAUACUUUGUCAAUCUCUCCAACGAGACCAACAUCCGCGAAGAAUCUCAAAAAGCCGGUGUUCCAGGGGAUAUCCGCAUUCACGGUAUACCAUCCGAACUACGCAACAUAAAAGACAAACUCCUCUCUUCCACAAACUGGGGUACUAUCCCCCUCUACACAGACUUCUUCUUCGGCACAACUCCAAUAGCAAUCCAUCAUAACGCCUACAUAAACGGGCUUAAAGGCUUCAGACUCAAGAACUGGUGGCACAAGAUGUGGUACCAUCCUCACCUCCGCCAUCUCAUCACCCAGCGUCUCCAAUCAACCUCCUCACCCAUCACACUUGCAAACGUCGAUCUUGGAGGAAAUAAGAUCUCGUAUGAUUCGCCGCAAGAAGAUAAGCUGAGAAGCCCCCACGUAUUCUCUCCAAUCGAACCAAACUUCACGCCUAUAGACUGGGACGCUGUGUGUCAGAAGCCAGGUCACGCUGCGAAGUGGUACGAUGAGCUAUUUGGCGACGACAAAGGACCCUUGGCUGUAUAUUCGGUGAAUUGGUCAUAG